AGAGAGCAGAAACGAGACAUUUUGAAGGUCGGUCUGAGCUGAGGUUAGAUUGUGCUGAAUAUCAUCUCCCCUGUCCUCUUCCCGUUAUAGUGUUCAGUCGGAGAACAGGUGCGUGACUGAAGACGUUGCGUCGCAUUGACAGCAUCAGCGUUUAUACGAAUUGGGAAAAUUAAUGGAGACUGGUCGUGUUCGCCGGUUUACUGCGGCUCAACUAGGGAGAAAUCAUAUUAAGGAGUCCAAACAGGUUCCACUGGAGGCUUUAAUGGACGGACAGUAUCACACUGCAUUUUGGACUACUCCGUUUUGAGAUGGGAUGGAACUUAGGUGUCGUUUUUAGACGUUGCGUGUUUGCAGGAGCUAAUUACCCAGUUUAAUUUGGCCAUUUAAUGUACUGUGUAUUGAGUCAUGUGUCUGCGUUCAACACGUUGCCUGAGAGCGAGGCUGGAAUCCACAAAUUAGGAUGAUGCCUCCUGGUCAAAACUACUUGGUGUCCUCCUUGUUUCCUUGCCCUGUCUUCAGAGUUCAACCGUCUUGCCAGCAGACUGAGCGCUCCUGAGCGCUACUGUGACCCUUCCCUUGUUUGGCUUUCCUGGCGGACGUCCCAGGGAGGUGAUGCGACGGUUUGUCUACUGUAAGGUGGUGCUGACCACCUCUUUAGUGUGGGUGCUGGUGGAUGUGUUCCUGCUGCUCUACUUCAGCGAGUGCAAUAAAUGUGAUGAAAGGAAAGACCGCUCGCUGCUCCCUGCUCUGCGAGCUGUGAUAUCUCGGAGCCAUGAGGGUCCAGGGGAGAUGGGCAAAGCAGUGAACGUGCCCAAGGAUGACCAGGAGAAAAUGAAGGAGCUCUUUAAGAUUAACCAGUUCAAUCUAAUGGCCAGCGAUAUAAUCGCACUCAACCGGAGUCUGCCGGACGUGAGGUUGGAUGGCUGUAAGACCAAGCUGUAUCCAGAUGACCUGCCAAACACCAGCAUUGUCAUCGUGUUUCACAACGAGGCUUGGAGCACCCUGCUGCGGACAGUUCACAGUGUCAUCAACCGCUCUCCCAGACACCUGCUAGUGGAGGUCGUGCUGGUCGACGAUGCCAGCGAGCGAGACUUCCUGCAGAAGAAACUGGAGAACUAUGUGCGGACUCUGGAGGUGCCAGUGAGGAUCCUGAGGAUGGAGCAGCGUUCAGGUCUAAUCCGAGCCAGGUUGAGGGGGGCGGCCGCAACCAAAGGUCAGGUCAUCACCUUCCUGGACGCUCACUGCGAGUGUACUGUUGGCUGGCUGGAGCCCCUGCUGGCACGCAUCAAAGAAGACAGGACAUCAGUGGUGUGCCCUAUCAUCGAUGUCAUCAGUGACGAGACGUUUGAAUACAUGGCAGGCUCAGAUAUGACCUAUGGUGGAUUCAACUGGAAGCUGAAUUUUCGCUGGUACCCUGUUCCUCAGCGGGAGAUGGAUCGACGCAAGGGGGACAGAACACUUCCUGUCAGGACUCCCACCAUGGCAGGAGGAUUAUUCUCCAUAGACAAAACAUACUUUGAAGAAAUAGGAAGCUACGAUCCAGGGAUGGAUAUCUGGGGCGGAGAGAACCUGGAAAUGUCUUUUCGAAUCUGGCAGUGCGGAGGCUCAUUGGAAAUUGUAACAUGUUCGCACGUGGGCCACGUUUUCCGGAAGGCCACCCCGUACAGUUUCCCCGGAGGAACGGGCCAAGUCAUCAACAAGAACAACAGGCGCCUGGCUGAAGUCUGGAUGGAUGAUUUCAAGGAUUUCUUCUAUAUCAUUUCACCAGGUGUGAUGCGCGUGGACUACGGAGACGUUUCUUCCCGUAAAGACCUCAGAGAGGCCUUGAAGUGCAAAUCGUUCUCCUGGUAUCUAGAGAACAUCUACCCAGACUCCCAGAUCCCGAGAAGAUACUACUCACUUGGUGAAAUCAGAAAUGUUGAGACCAACCAGUGUGUGGAUAACAUGGGAAGAAAAGAGAACGAGAAAGUUGGCUUUUUCAACUGUCACGGAAUGGGUGGAAACCAGGUUUUUUCUUACACGGCCGAUAAAGAAAUCAGGACAGACGACCUCUGUCUGGACGUCUCUCGCAUCAACGGACCCGUCGUCAUGCUCAAGUGUCAUCACAUGAAGGGCAAUCAGAUGUUUGAGUACGAUGCAGAGUAUGUUGGCAAGUGGGAAUAUGAUUUUGAGAAGCACACCUUCCUCCACAUCAUCACCCAAUCAUGUCUGACCAUCAACCGUCUGGACGACGGCACCUACGGCCCCACAGUGCAGUACUGUGACAACAGUCCCUUACAGGCCUGGGUCCUCCACAACUACACACGUCUGGACGUCGCAAGACGCUUUUACUUCAGUCCCACUGAUUAUUCACUCUAAGCUCUAGGGUCUGAGCGACUCACCCUGCUGCAUGUGAACAGCAACCAGUGUUUGGACAUGCCUUCUGAGGAGGACAAGAUGGUCCCCACCUUGAGAGACUGCAAUGGCAGCCGCGCUCAGCAGUGGCUGCUCCGUAACAUGACCUUAACCGUCUGAUACCUCGCCUCAUCGCUCUCUCUCUCACCCACCGCUCUAUCCUCAUCCUAACCGGCCCUGGUUCUCAACACCCUUGCCAGGUGGUUACAACAGCACACCAUACGCCUCUUCCUGUAACAGCCUGUCCAGCGUAUACAGAGAUCCAGGCAGCAGCGGCUUAUCUUCCAUUAUGACGGCCGUCUCUGUUUACAGCUCGCCACAGGUUUGAGAGAAGCUGCACCUGCCGUCCAGGCGGCACAACAAGCUGUGGCUUUGGGGACCUUGUCAUGUCUGAACAGGGAGAACAAUGUGUGAGGUCUGUGCAACGAGAACAUUGAAAUCAAAACACUCACACUGUGUCAGCCAGCUGCUAGCCGUGCAUCCACUGUGCUGCUUAGCUGCUGGACAAACCAAACA